AUGACCCAGUCGCGCAUCGAAGUGCAUAAUGCGGAUGGCUCGCGUGGCGUGUGGUGCGCGGCUCGUGCCGUAGUCUCCGACUCGGCUGGCCCAUUGCGCACCCUGGAUGGUAGUAGCCGAGGCCUCUGGAAGGUACGCCGCGUCGGCCCCUCACCAAGGUAUGCUGCCCCAUUUCUCCUAUGUGGUGCCUUUUGGCUUGUGGGAAAAUUGGUCGCUUUCUCGUCCUCUUCCUCACGAGUUGAUGACAAGUUAGUUCUUGCCACAUCGGUUUAA